AUGGAGUAUAACAAUUCGACCUACCAGGACCUACUCGGGAGUGAGAGGCCGGAGUAUGCUAAUGAGCCGUAUGGUUACGGAAGCCACCAACCUGUUUGGUCCUUCCCAAGUGAAUCAUACGGUAUCGAUCCUUACCUUGAUGCCCUUCCAUCUCAUGGAGGGUUUAUGCCAAGCCAUUAUUACAAUAAUCAACCAAGAGGCAGUGGUCCUGCCUAUGAUCCUGUUGCUCAUGGCUUUGGCCUCUCACCUCCAAGCAUCACUCAAGAGCGUGAAUUCCAGUUGGGUAUGUGUCCACCUAGCUAUGGAGACAUUGGCCACUUCCGCUACACACGGCAAACGUCACCACCCGACUGUGCUGGAUUUGCAGCAUCCAGUACCGAGUCUACCACAAGUGACUAUGCACUGAGUCCCGACAUAAUACGGCCAACUUAUGAGUUACCCCUCUCUCCUCAAGACGGUGACUUGUUUAGAGUAUCGAUCGGUUCUCCUUUCAAUCACAACAAUUGGAACCCACAGUCCAAUUUGAUCGCUUCCCUACCAAGCUCCAUACCUACUGGUCGGACACCAUUGAGGAUGAGCGACCUCCAAGUCACGCCAGAGCCAGAAGGUGAAGACGAUCUGUUGGACGUCACCGAAAGUCUCCACGCUAAGCUCAUCCCUGAAGAGCUUGAACUGUCAGAACAACUGGCUAGUCCAGCAGAUUCGGGUCUUGGACUGUCUAUCCACGAUGACGACACCAUUACUGUCAAAGACGAGGAGGAUGUUGGAGCAAUUGAGACUGACAAUGACUCUGACUUCUAUCCUGGAGCAAGGAGAUCUGCUCGCGGAAGCACCAGUCGACUGAAUCGUGAUGGUACCCUCAGUCGACGCCUCUCGGGGACCAGACGCAGCUCCACUGGCAAAGGUGUCCUUGGUCAGCCCAGAGUCAGCAAACCCUUGAGUACACGCAAGAGUGCACCGGCACACUCACGCGAGAAGAAGAAGAAUUCAACCAGCAGGACUAGGGUCAAGAAGUCAGAGAACCUAGAGCAAGUCAUCAAGUCUUUUCCUUGCACAUUCCAUCACUAUGGGUGCAAAUCUACGUUUGCCAGCAAGAACGAAUGGAAGCGGCAUGUGGCUUCCCAGCAUUUGCGUCUUGGUUAUUACCGAUGCGAUAUGGGAUCGUGCUCUGCAGAUGAUAUCCGCAGUCAGCAGAGAGGGUUCAAUGACUUUAACCGGAAGGAUUUAUUCACCCAACACUGUCGACGAAUGCACGCACCUUGGUCUGGAAGCAAGAAAGGCGAGGAAGGUGUCUCCAAGAAGGAAAAAGACAGCUUCGAGAAACAACUUGAGACUAUCCGAACCCGUUGUUGGGUCGAUCGAAGAAAGGCUCCGGUGCAAAGCAGCUGUGGUUUUUGUGGCGAGUCUUUCAUCGAUACCGAGGAUGGGAAGGCCUGGGAUGCCCGCAUGGAGCAUGUUGGCCGACACUUUGAGCGUGACACCCAUCGUCUUGACCAAGAAGCUGUCGAUAGCGGGCUCAGAGAAUGGGCAAUUAAGGAAGGCUUGAUCCAACCGGGGAGAAAGAAGGGCGAAUGGUGGCUCCUAGAUCAUGAGCCUGCCGGAGCUACACCAGCUUCAGCUGACAGACGACGAAGCGGAAGAACCGUCCCCAAAAAAGAAGAGAAAGGCCAAGAGGAAGAUAGCAGCGACACAAGCGAUGAUGACUGCGAUGCCGACACUGACACCGAAGUCGAUGCUGAAGCUGAGGCUGAACAAGAUGACACUUCGAUGCAGAAUGGCAUCGUCGAAGGUGAUGAGGAUGCAGAAGGCGAGGAUGAAUAA